GGGAAGGAGCUGGUGGAUUAUAUUGCCAAAUACCUCAGCACGCUGAGAGAACGCCGUGUUUACCCUGAUGUUAAACCCGGCUACAUGAGAGCCCUCCUCCCAGACACAGCCCCACAAGAUGGCGAGAGUUGGAGCAGCAUCUUUGAGGACAUUGAAAGGAUCAUCAUGCCUGGGGUAGUUCACUGGCAGAGCCCUCACAUGCACGCCUACUUCCCUGCGCUAACGUCAUGGCCAUCUUUACUUGGGGACAUGUUGGCAGAUGGUAUUAACUGUUUAGGAUUCACUUGGGCCUCGAGCCCAGCUUGCACAGAGCUGGAGAUGAAUGUGCUGGAUUGGUUGGCUGCAAUGCUAGGGCUUCCCGAUCAUUUCUUGCACCAUCAUCCGGAUAGUCAGGGAGGAGGUGUUCUCCAGAGUACGACCAGUGAGGCCACAUUAAUCGCCCUGUUGGUCGCGAGGAAAGCCAAGAUCAUGGAGAUGCAAUCGACCUUACCCAAAUUCGAUCACUCAGUCCUCAACUCCCGUCUGAUUGCAUACGCCUCUGACCAGGCUCAUUCCUCUGUGGAGAAAGCCGGACUGAUCACUUUCGUUAAAAUUCGGUUCCUCAAGACUGAUGAGGAUUGGUCCCUUCGAGGUGAGACUCUGAAGCAAGCAUUGGAAGAAGAUAGAAGAUUAGGACUUGUUCCAUUCUUUGUUUGUGCCACACUCGGUACGACUGCUGUUUGUGCCUUUGACUGUUUGAGUGAACUGGGACCUAUUUGUGCCAGGGAGGAACUGUGGCUUCACAUUGAUGCAGCAUAUGCAGGAUCUGCCUUCCUGUGUCCUGAAUUUCGGAAUUUCCUGCAGGGUAUUGAAUAUGCAGAUUCCUUCGUCUUUAACCCCUCCAAGUGGAUGAUGGUUCACUUUGACUGCACAGUGUUUUGGGUGAAAGACAAGUGGAAACUACAGGAAACCUUCAGUGUAAACCCUGUGUAUCUCCGACAUGCCAACUCUGGAGCAACUACAGACUUCAUGCACUGGCAAAUCCCUUUGAGCCGUAGAUUCAGAUCUUUAAAGCUCUGGUUUGUUAUUCGCUCUUUUGGCGUGAAGAAACUCCAGGAGCAUAUCAGACAUGGCACGAAGAUGGCCAAAUAUUUUGAGACCUUAGUUCGAAGGGAUUCCAAUUUUGAAGUCCCAGCAAAAAGGCACCUUGGACUGGUGACUUUCCGUCUGAAGGGACCAAACAGACUGACAGAAGAGCUUCUGACAGAACUCAACCAGUCAGGGACCAUGUACCUGGUGCCUGCUACCAUUUCCAACAGGUUCAUUAUUCGAUUCACUGUCACCUCCCCAAUGACAAUCAAAGAUGACAUCCUGCAAGAUUGGAACAUAAUCCAGCAAAAUGCAAUCAGAGUCCUAGCGAAUCACUCCAAACCUCAGAAUGGCUCCUUGAGCAUUAGACGGGAAAGUGAUCCACAGGAAGUCCAGUCAAGGUGUAAGAAUGCUGAUAUAGUUCUGGUUUCUGGUAACAAUCUCUCUGAACAUCGUCAAACCCCACAGCGUUUACCAGCUGAAUCCAUGCUUACUCACAGACUCCCAAGAAGUGAGCUUGGUAUUCAACAGCAUAUUUUACACUCUGAAGAUCUAGUGGAUCCUUUUGAAGACACAUUCAAUGUGGAAGUUUUGGAACCCAGAUCUAAACCCAUCUCUUCCUCAAUGCUGUGGGGUCAUCUUGCAAUCCCAGAGAAACACGAAGCUCACAAUUCAAUGAGCUGCAAUCCUGAACUCAUUUCUGACAUUGAGAUGUGAAAGCCCUGUGGCAGUGGAGGAAGAGAAAUCAGUCAGCUCUCAAAUCCUAGAAAAGUGAUACUGAGAAAUAAGAUCUAGAAAAAGUCUGCCCAAACUUUGCAGCAUCGAAGAGUUCACUGCUUUGCUGCUACUUGUAGUUCAUUCUGUUGUGUCUUUGUUCCCUCAUCUUGUAGCCUAUACUGAUUUGAUCAUUUCUCUCAAUCAGAGGAAAAGCACAGAAUUAUUGAGCUCUGAUCUCUGUCCAUUCCAUAAUCAGCUUUUAAUUAACUGAUUCUAAUUUUUCCCCAGUGCUGUAACCUUUAGUUAAUAAAUAAAAACACUGCACUUA